AUGUUCCUCCUAAGUCUUAGUCUAAGGAAUGGCUACGGGAAAAAGGCGGUGCGGGCUGCCAUCGUCCUGCUCCCUCUCCUGGGAAUCACCAACAGCCUGCAGAUGGUUCACUCGCCGCUGGACAGCAACCUCGUGCAGUUCGCCGUGUGGACCUAUUUCUCCACCUUUCUCACUGCGUUCCAGGGUUUCUUCGUCGCCCUCAUCUACUGCUUCAUGAACAAUGAGGCUUCAUCACCAAAUGAGAUUAUGCUAUGGCAAUUUCUACAUUAUCAUGAAGUGCCUUUGGCCAGAAUCAACAUCAAAGUUAUAAAGCCAGUUGAAGGUCACACACCAAACAUUGCAAUUGGAAAAACUCUCCAGCCUCAUCCAGAUGUAAUUCAAUUAAAACCAUAG